AUGCUAAGAUUAAGGGGUACUAGUAGACUGUCCUCUAGACAGUUGAAAAAUGCGAUUGGAAGCCAGGAAUUUCAGGUCACCACUUACGCCAGGCCCGAUGACCUGCUGAUAACGAGAGGAAAGGGUUCAAUUCUCUACGAUGACUUGCACAACAAGAAAUUUGUGGACUUUACAGCAGGUAUUGCCGUUACGUCGCUGGGACACUCCAACGAAAGCGUCUCUAAAAUCUUAUGCGAUCAGUCCAAGAAACUUGUUCACUCCAGCAACUUAUAUUACAAUGCUGAGUGCUUGGAGUUGAGUAAAAAGAUAGUGGAAAAAACCAAAGCUUUGGGCGGACAGCACGAUUGUAGUAAGGUUUUUCUUUGCAGCACCGGUACGGAAGCUAAUGAAGCGGCUUUGAAGUUUGCCAAAAAACAUGGAUCUUUACUAGGUCCCAAGAAACACGGUAUUGUUGCAUUCGAAAACUCGUUCCAUGGACGUACCAUGGGUGCAUUGUCUGUUACCAGCAAUCCAAAGUAUAGAACGCCAUUCGGCGACCUGGUUCCCGGAACAUCGUUUCUGAACAUUCAAGACGAGCUAUCAGUUUUGUCCAAUUUCAUCAAAUCUAAGAAAGAUGAAAUUGCAGGCCUUAUAGUGGAACCCGUGCAAGGAGAAGGUGGUGUUUUCCCCAUUCCUGCCGAAAAACUCAUUGGUCUCAAGCAAAUCUGUACAGAAAAUGACGUUGUUGUAAUUCACGAUGAAAUUCAAUGUGGAAUGGGCAGAACGGGAAAGCUAUGGGCUCAUGCCUAUUUGCCUAAAGAGGCUCACCCUGACAUUUUUUCCGCUGCUAAAGCUUUGGGCAAUGGUUUCCCUAUUGCUGCCACUAUGGUGAACGAAAAGAUCAACAACGCUUUGCAAGUCGGUGAUCACGGUACAACCUACGGAGGAAAUCCACUAGGUGCUGCUGUGGGCUGCUACGUCAUGGACACAAUCGGAGAUGAGAAAUUCUUGCAGGAUGUUGUUCGGAAAGGCAGUGCCGUUCAGGAAAGUCUGAAGAAGCUGUGGGACCUUUACCCGCAACACAUCACGAACCUGAGAGGACAGGGGUUGAUGAUCGGGCUGGAGUUUGCGGAAGCUCCUAAAGAGCUGAUCAAGAAAUGUAGAGACUCAGGACUACUUAUCAUCACUGCUGGUAAAUCAACAGUCAGAUUUGUUCCACCGCUCACCAUUACGGAUGAGGAAAUCCAAGAAGGACUUUCCAUUUUCGAAAAAGCUGUGAAAGAAGUUUACGGCUAG